AUGCUUGAAGACCGUACGGAGUACAAGCGACGGUCGCACAGCGAGCGUCCGAGGGCUGUUGCAUGGGAGAAGCGCAAGCCCGGCUUCCGGCCGUUCAGCCCACCGGAGAAGGGCAACCGGAAGAGGGACAGGGCCGAAAAAGACGCCGCCAAGCUCGUCGCCAAGGCCGAGGAGAAGACCCGAAAACGACAAGAGAAGGAGCAGAGGCACAGGGAGAAGGAGCUCGAAAAGAUUCGGAAAAAGGAGGAAAAACAGAGAAAGAGAAUGGAAGGCCAGCCGAAACGGGGAUUCUUUUCGGUAACGCUGGUUUGGAGGUACGGAUUCGCCGUCAUCAAGGAGGACAGAGGACGAGACACCAUCGCUACGGUCAGAUGCACCGAGGUCACAUCGGGA